CUGACAUGCCCAUUCAUCCACAGUGACCUAGAAAGUAGUACAAGUUCCUUUCGAGCUCAUAGUCCUUUCAUCAGAGUCAUUAUUGCUCAUUCAGCGUUCGAAAUCGGCGUGAUCAGUCUCGAAUCGGAAAGUGAUCUCGACGUGGCUCGAGCGCUUAUUCAGAAGCUUCUUGAUGAUCAUCCUUGUCUGCCGUAUGAACCUUCAAAAGAAUGGCGAUUUCUUGAUUAUGUCACAGAAUGCCGAGUAGGGCAACGUUUACGUAGAAGUGUCACAGCCACAGGAACGAGUUUCAAUUAUCUCUGA